CCCGGCGCCCGGGCGAGCGCGCGCGAGCGGCUCGCUGCCGGAGCCGCCUGGCAGGGCGAGCCGGAGGGAGGGAGCACAGCGCUGGCUCGACUGAAGGAGGCGAGCGCGGGGCUUGGGGCCGGGAAUGACGCACGUCGAGCUGGAUCAGAAACGCGGAAGAAUUAGAAGCCUCUAAGUGUCAACUGGUCUUGGUUUAAAGAGCAACGCAGCCGAGCAGCGAAGCUGUUUCGUGUGUGGCGUGGACAAAGCCUAGAAAGCUUGCAUUGCUAAGAGUUUAAACAUACAUCCCCGCUGCCUCGGGGUGCCCGCGCGCGUGCGGACACACCGGCAGCGUAUGCAUGCGCGCUUUUUUGGGUAAACAAGAGUGAAAGUCUGCUUCAGCUGGUCUGAAGAUAGGAGACUUGGACUCUCUAUCGGUUUCCACGGCACCGCCGAGUUCCUGCUACUUUGCAACUUGCUCUCUGCUGAUGGCAGUUGAUAAUUGGUAGCCACAGUCUGCGGUCUGAGCCACAGCAUUUUGUCUAGCGCCUGGGCCGGGCCCUGCUGAUAUACUGGAGAGAGAGAGGGGGAGAGAAAGACAGACAGACAGACAGACAGACAGACAGCAAGCACGCUGGCCGUACCUGGGUAGCUCUGGGCGAGCGGCAGCGAGACGCGAUUUCCCUGCAGCGCGGAGCCGGAGGCUGCCCGGUGAUGCGGCGCCUGCUCGGGGGGUUCACGGAAAGGCUCGAAUCCCUUUUCCAGAGGACACGAUUAUGUCCAGUGAGCAGCUUAACAGUACAGCGGUGAAGGAUGCACGGUUAAAAGACCUGUUAUUGGAAAGAGCUGAACUGGAGUUUGUUCAAAUCAUCAUUAUAAUUGUGGUUAUAACUGUUAUGGUGGUAGUGAUCAUCUGCUUGUUGAACCACUACAAACUCUCGACACGCUCCUUUAUCAACCGACAGAGCCAAAGCAGGAGGCAGGAAGAGACUUUGCAGACGGAAGGGUGCUUGUGGCCUUCAGAAAGCUCGGUUUCACGCCAGGGUGCUUCAGAGAUUAUGUAUGCUCCGAGGUCCAGGGACAGGUUUACCACCCCAUCUUUUAUGCAGCGGGACCGCUUCAGUCGCUUCCAGCCCACUUACCCUUACAUGCAGCAUGAGAUUGACCUUCCUCCAACCAUCUCCCUCUCUGAUGGGGAAGAGCCGCCGCCGUACCAAGGCCCGUGCACGCUGCAGCUCCGGGACCCAGAACAGCAGAUGGAGCUCAAUCGGGAGUCCGUCAGGGCACCGCCCAACCGAACCAUUUUUGAUAGCGACUUGAUAGACAUUUCAAUGUACAAUGGGGGCCCCUGCCCACCAAGCAGCAAUUCGGGCAUAAGUGCAACCAACUAUAGCAGUAAUGGAAGGAUGGAAGGACCACCUCCGACGUACAGCGAGGUCAUGGGGCAUUACCCGGGCUCCUCUUUUUUCCACCACCAGCACAGCAAUGCGCCUCCUUCCUCACAGAGGGGGAGCAGACUUCAGUUUCAGCAGAACAAUUCAGAGAGCACAAUAGUCCCUAACAAAGGCCAAGACAGGAAAGCAGGAAACCUGGUCUAAGUUCCUCUCCCAGGUGCAUUCGAACUGAAGACGAGAGAUUCGAGCAGGGCGGCAGAGAAAAUCCCCCACGCUCCGGUGCACAGUGUUGUUACGUUUCACGUGGUACAACUUAGUAAAACCAAACGUGCAAAACAGUUCUUUGUUUCUGAUUCCUUUCAGGGGAAUUGCAUGAUGCAAAUCAGAUAGAGAGAAAUACAAACUUCCAUUCAGUUUGUCUACGAGCAGUGUUUCAGGGGAGAGGGGGAUAUAUAUUAUUUUUUUUUAAUAAACUAUUUCAAUUAUUUAAUUCUAAAAGUAAACUUAGCACAGAAAUGAGGCUUGUACAGCCUGUUUUAUACUCACUGAAUGGCAGAAAGAAGAAGAAGGUUUUACUAGAUAAAUGGGGGAAGAAUUGGCCAGUUUGCUUUUCUUUUCUCCUAGGGUGUGGAUUUUUUUAAUAUAAAACAAAAUUCCUGUUUGUGUGCCAAGGUAUAAAGUUGAGAACUUAGAUGAAUGCAAGGAAUUAAUUUGUGUUGUGAUAAAUGUGUUUUUAAAAGUUGCACUAUCUUAAUGUUUAAAAAAAUAUAUAUGAGGGAACUGUUUUAUGUGAAGUUCUUCUAUAUGUUGUCUUUUCACCUGUGGAAUAAUGAUUGAGCCCCAGAAGUAAUCUGGAGGAGUUUACCCUCCCCCUCCCCCCCGAGGUUGCUAGAGAAAGGGGACAGGAUUUAGCCUGACAUCUCUUGACUUACACAAAUCAAGAAAAACAAGGACAUUUAACUUGUCUUUGCAAUAAUUUGCAUUCAAAUAACAGUGCAUCAAAAAGUGUCUUGGAUACUUCUGGCUGGCAGGAGACAAAUAUGAAAUCCCAGCAUUUUCCAUCAAUUAGGGUUUAGCUAUUAUGCGGUUUAGACUAUUUGUUUCAUAAAAGGCAAAAUGAAAUCCCAGAUGUGCUAAUUUAUAUUGAUUCUAACUAAGUGCUGCCAUUCUUUUCCUUUUCAUAAUGCAGUAUUAUCAGUACUUAAGGUUUUAGAAGUUUCUGUCCUCACUGUAGUCUGAAAUGUAUUUAGUCACAUAUCAUGGCAUUAUGCAAUAAAUGGUUUAAAAAUGCAAGGUGGGAUUCUUUUCCCCUGCAAUGCUGUUAAAA